AUGCGAUACCCCACAUCCUUGACUUCCAGAAUGUUGAGGCAGGCAAGGAUGGAGACUAUCUUCCCCUCUUUCGGUCUCGAGGGGAAGAGAUCAACGUCGUACAACCUUGAAUUAGACAUAAAUAAGAGAUCAACUCGAUUUGAAUAUGGCUAUCACUCGAAGAGUAAUUGGGCUUUUGGCACUGGCCUUACUGAGGUUCGAAAAGACAUCCCUUGUGAGGACAUUCAUCCUGACAGAAGCAGCCAAGUUGUCAUCACGUUGCCAGACAGGAGAGCCCCACAGAUCACCGCAACUCAUAUCACUCAUGCUACACCUACACUGAGACGAUACCUUACACAGGACCUACAAGAAGUAACAAAAGAUCAGUGUACUGCCCAAUGGAAAAGGUCCAGCGGCAAUGGUGACGGAAAUGGUCGACAUUCCUUGCAAAGAUCCAAAAUGCCCUACUACGCCGACUGUCACGGUGACUGGGCCGGGGACAUGCUUUCAUUGUCAGUCGGAUUGUGGAACCGAGACGGUGACGAAGACGGCGAGAUGCCCUAG